CCCAAUUCAUUCACCAAUUGAAUGUUAUAGAUGAUCAAUCGAUAUUAGCUUGUGGCAAUGAUCUACGCUCUCAUGCAUUUACCUGAAUUAUUUAAUCUCAAUCUUGUUUACGAUCAGUGGUGGCAUAGUGAUAAUUGUUGUGACAGUAAUUCUCCGGACUUCGAACAUCAGCAGAGAUAACGCAUAUAUCUGCGAUUAUACGCAUUGAUUAUUAUAAGUUGUAAGAAGAGUUUCAUAAAAAAAAUAAACGUCUUUAAGAAACUAUAAUCACUUGAAAAGUGAAAAGAAGAUUACGAAUUACCUUUACUUAAAAGUAUAAAGACAAAAGAAGCACGAUGACGUCUGUACAAACGCCACCCGAAGUGAAUAUGGGUGCGAUUGAUAUAAAACCAGACUCUAAUGACUUCGAUAUGAUGGCGUUAACCAUGGCAGCCUUACGACUAGUUAACCCAUGGAGUGUAGAGGCGAAACCAAAAUGGUCAGACAGAAUAGAGCCAGGCACCCCCGAGGCGAAAGACCGAGUCAUUUCACUCGCUGAAGUCUCUCUACACGACACCACGCAAGACUGCUGGGUCGUUAUCUACGACCGCGUCUACGAUAUAUCAACAUUCCUCGACGAGCAUCCUGGUGGCGCUGAUAUAAUGUUGGAGUAUGCCGGCCGAGAUGCGAGCACUGCCUUCAGAAGUUCAGGGCAUUCGAAAAUAGCCACCAAGGCUCUGGACAGAUUCCUCGUGGGAGAGUUGCCCAUGCAUGAACGCAUGUACCGACGCCCCGGAGGAAUGCGGCUUAGUGAUAUCCCCGAAUAAACAAUAUCACAUAGAACAUGAACAUUAUCUGCUAUAUGCUUUAUUAUAGUGAACGUUAUUUAGGGUUCUUGUACGCAAGAGCCCGCUAAGUGUUAAUGUGCUCGUUGAUAAUAAGUUAUUUUUCGCUAGGUCAUAACGGCCUAAGAUAUUAGUGUAAUAACCUUAAAAGCUAAAUUAUUAUUAUUGUAGAUGUGAAUAUUGAGUUAACCUCGCUGAUUGUGGCGACAUAAGUUUUGAUAAGCGUGUGGAGAGACUUUUUAGAAGUAUUAACUAGGAAGUUUUUCAAUGUUCACAAAUGAUUGUAUCCUUUGUGCAUUUAAAUAGAUUAGUUGUAAGGCUCACUACAGUAUUAAACUGAGUAUAUAUUUUUGCUUGAUACUAUAAAGUAUGUGGCACAAGUUCCUAUUAUUAUUUCUAGUACUUUACAAUAAACGUUUUCUACUGAU